AUGGAGGCAUAUGUAAAUGAGGGAAUGUCACUAGCUCAAAAGUUACGAGAUAUGCAACAUCCGGUGGAUGAUGAGUUUUUGGGUGUUAUUUUGUUAAGUGGCCUUACUCCAGAAUAUGAUCCCAUGGUCAUGGCAAUUGAAAAUUGUGUUGAAUCGAUUACAAGUGAUUUUGUAGAAGCUAAAUUACUUCAAGAUGAUAAAUACAACAAGGAAAAUCAUGAAGUUGCUUUGUUAUCAAAUAAAAAGACAUGGAAGAAAGAAGAAAAUAAAAAGUCUAAUGAGAGAAAGAGUAAGUACCAAAAGGAUAAAAAGGAUCAUUCCAAAUCCGAGAAGGCAUUGCAGACUUCUGUUACCAACAACAGUGUCCAAUAUUCUCAGAAGUGGUAUAUUGGCUCAGGGACAACCACACACAUGACAUUUGAAAGGGAUUGUCUUGAAGAUUUUGAAAAUCUGAUAGAUUCCAAGAUUGUAGUUGCUAACAAUCAAAGGAUAUCUGGUGCAGGUAUCGGAAACGCUCCAGUGCAUACCAAGUCAGGUAUCAAAACAAUAUCCGAGAUCGUCUAUGUUCCAGAAUUAAGGGCUAACUUACUGUCGGUAAGCAAAAUGGUAGAAAAAGGACAUGCUGUGGUCUUUAAUGAAGAUAAAUGUGUUAUUUAUGACAAUGAAAAAUUCCAUGUCAAAGGAGAGGUUGUGGCUACUGCGACCAUGAACGGUGGGCUCUACGAGUUGGAUGUUUUGGAGCAGCAGAGUUUGCUUACUGUGGCAAAUCCAAAUUCCGAAGAAUUGUGGCGCAGGAGACUAACUCAAUCGAGUUAG